AUGCGCUACCUCGGUCUUCUGUUUUAUGUCGCCGCUUCGUUGGUGGGCGGCGUGUAUGCCUCUCAGGAUCCAACCCCAGCAGAGCCACUCAAUUAUGGAUGUCCGCUCAAUCCUUCACAGUGCCAGAAGAAUUGCAUAGAGACCGUCCACGCUAAGACUUGGACCUGUGAUGGCACCCUGAAAACGUAUGAGACAAUCCUUCUAUAUUACUUUGACAGGUUGACCGUUCACUGA